CGCCAGUUUAGUUGUUCCCAGUUCGGGUUCCUACCGUGUAGAAAGGUAUAAAAGUUUACGUUUAUCAGCGCGCAUCGGUUAGUUCGGAUAUCGGAACAGUGUGGCAGUGACAUUUUUCGUUCGACUGUAGUUUCGCGAUUAUAUAUCGUUCCCCAGGUUUGAUGCUAAUUGCCGGUCGCAAUUAUAAUUCAGAAAUGCUGUUGAAGGUUGUCUUAGCGGCGAUAUUGCUGUGCUCUCCGCUUGUGCUCUGUAAGGCUCAGGAAACCGAGCCAUGUCCGUCGGCUCCAAAGCAUUAUUCGGAACUUGGCUGCAAACCAAUUCAAGAUGAAGGCCAUAAAUGUCCCAAUAGAUAUGAAUGUCCGGUGUUGACCGAUCGCGAUGGCGAGAAGUGCUAUUUCAAUGGAAACGUCUACAAUGUUGAUUCAUCGUUGUCUAAGGCCGACCAGGAUUUGAUCUCUUGUUCCCCUGCGUGUCGCUGUGCCAAUUUCACAACGCCGGCGUCGUUUGUGUGCGCUGAAAUCGAUUGUCCGGAGUUCUUUGGGCGGGAUGACUCAUGCGUUUAUCAGUACACUCCUUUUGGUUGCUGCGCAUCGAAUAAGGUUUGCGAAAAGGAAGUCGAGAAGCUCGAUGUUUGCUACUUGGAUGGAGAGCGUUAUAUGGAGGGCCAGAAAAUGUACCCUAAGGACGAAAGUUGCUACUCUUGCCAUUGCCAGAAGGGCUUCGAUAACAGUACAGUUGUAGGCAACCCCAAUUGCCAUGAGUUCACUUGUGGAAUUGAAGUACAUAAUAGCGCUAAUCUGCUGGAGGGGUGCAUUCCGAUCUAUUUUGGAAACGAUCGCUGUUGCCCAAUAUCGUGGAGAUGUCCUGACGACAAAGAUACCGUAAUUGUUGAAGGACGCCUGGACGUUGAUGAGCCUACUGAUCCGAAAAUGCAAUGUACUUUCGGUAAACUGAAGCUUAAUUUUGGUGAUUCUAUUUCUUCAGACGAUAAGUGCGUUUCGUGCAAGUGCACCGUUCCUCCGAUGCCCCAUUGCAUUCAAAGCAGGGACUGUUGAAAAUCUGUUUGAAUUAUUAUCAUUACCAUACGAAACAGAAGAUUUUUUUUCUGUAGGAUUGAAGGUACAAAAUUAAAAUGUUAGUGAUGUAUAUUUAAAGUAUCUAAUUUGAAAUAAAAAUUUUAUUUAAAUAGUGUAAUUGUAAA